AUGCUAGGCCGUCCUUAUUCAGCCCAAUGCGCCCUACCACGGGCCGGGCGCGUCGUUGGACGGCUGUUUUCUAAUCCUCUAUCACAACAGACUAUUCGACGCCGGUCUGGCCCAUAUGGCUACACCCAGGCCAAGGCUCUUGUCUUCUCUCAGAAUGGAGAGCCUUCUGACGUAUUAAAGCUUCAUACACACUCCAUCUCUCCCUCGCUCUCCUCCAAAUCCGUCCUACUGCGGGCUCUUGCGGCGCCCAUCAACCCUGCAGAUAUAAACACCGUCCAGGGUACGUAUGGCUCUCAGCCCAGCUUCACUUCCCUGAUAGGAACGCCUAAUCCGUCCGCUAUCCCUGGAAAUGAGGGUGUCUUCGAGGUUCUCGCAACGGGCGACCCGUCUUCCCCCAUUCGCAAAGGAGAUUGGGUGAUACCGGCCGUGGCUCAGUUUGGCACAUGGCGGACGCAUGCCGUGGCAGAAUUGGAUGAAAUAUUAAAAAUCAACAAGGAGGGGCUAAAGGCGACUCAGGCAGCGACCAUCUCCGUCAACCCCGGCACAGCGUAUCGCAUCCUGAGAACAUAUGGCCCCAGUGCUGGAAUAAGCAAGGGCCUCGCCAUGCGGCCGCUUGAGGUGGGCAGCGGCGAGUGGUUUAUCCAAAACGGAGCGAAUUCCGGAGUGGGAAGAGCCGCCAUACAGUUUGGAAAGCUCUGGGGACUCAGGAGCAUCAACAUCGUUCGGGAACGAAGCUCCCCCGAGGCGACUGAAGAAUUAAAAAGAGAGCUUACGGAUCUCGGCGCCGAUGUAGUUGUGACGGAGGCACAGUUCCUGUCUCGGGAGUGGAAGGACCAGCUGGCGGAAAUCACAAACAAAGGCCGCGAGCAGAUUGGGCUUGGCCUGAAUUGCGUCGGCGGCAAAUCCGCCACUGCUCUCGCUCGCUCGCUUGGUGAGGGCGCUACUAUGGUGUCGUACGGUGGCAUGGCUAGGCAGCCAGUUGCUCUUCCUGUUGGAUUGUUGAUAUUCAAAGACAUUCGCUUCGUUGGCUUCUGGCUUACGCGAUGGAACCAGCAGGACCCCACCGGGCGCAAACACAUGACUGAUUAUAUUGUUGACAGUAUCCGCGAGGGUAAAUUCAAAGACGUUCCUCUGGAUGAAGUAGCGUGGAACUGGGAAACCGAUGCUUCCACCUUGACAGGGGAGGUUCAAAAAGGCCUUCAAGGCUUCAGAAAGGGUAAAGGUAUAUUCGUGUUUGGCGAUACAUGA